AUGGGCAAAGGCGUAAGUCAUUGGGGUGUUACUACUACUACUACUACUACUACUACUACUACUACUACUACUACUACUACUACUACUACUACUACUACUACUACUACUACUACUACUACUACUACUACUACUACUACUACUACUACUACUACUACUACUUCUACUACUACUAUAACAGUAAUAACGAGUAAAGAGUUAGUCAUUUUUGGUUAA